CUUGCUACUGCCUUUUCUGAUUAUGUACAAAAAGAUGAAGGAGUUCGUUGUUUGGAUCAUAAAGCUUGGGCAACUGUGCUUGUCACAUCUUUCCUCAAAGCAUUAUUGUGGGAGAAACGUCGUGAGUGGAUGAAUAUUUACAAUAGGGCUGAAAGUUGGUUGAGUGAAAAUGUCACCGAUUCUGAAGUCGAAGAGCGUCUUUACAAUUAUUCAAACAAAUUCGUUAUUCAACGCUUUAAAGUUACUCAAUGGAUAGACGAGAAUCAACAAAUAAGUCUGGGAGUUCUCUUUGAUAUCCGUAUUGUUCGUCGAUUCAUCUCUUACCAGCAUGAAUCUGGUUGUUUCGAGCUCACUCCUCAAUUGGCUGAAGCUUUGGGCUUCAGUUCGGUUGAUGAAGCAAAGAAACAUAUUGAAAGCCAUUUUUCUUCCUCUCCAAAAACUGCUCAACUUGAUGCUAACAUCUGGACAUCUGAUUGGCUUUGUCAACAAGUGAAAGAUAAGGAAGUACGAGACGAACUUCUUGAAUCUGCUAGAAUCUUUGUUGUUAAAAGAUUCGAAGUUGAAAAGGAUGCUAUAGAGGAAGACGAGUCAUUCAAGGAUUCUCUUGAAGCUAAGGAUAGAUAUCAUGAUCGAGGAGUUGGAGACGAAGAACCGCAUGAUUUCAUGAUCCCUAGUGAUGAAGUUGUUGGAAUAAUAAGGAUCGGUGUUAAAAGUGCUAAAGAUCUCAAAAAAUCAGAUUUUUGGUUUACCUUUUCUAAUCCUGAUCCGUACGUCCGCAUUAUGAAUGCUGCUGGAACUGAAAUAGUUCGUACUCGUGUUAACCAUGGAACUGUUAAUCCAAAAUGGGAUGAAAUUCAUUUU